AUGGAGCAGCGUCAGCAAGGAACAGAAGAUCAUAAGAAAUUGACUUAUUUUGUUGGUAUUAAGACUGUUGCUAUAGUGGAAACUAAGCUGAAAUUGGGGUGGGAUGACCCCAAUUCAGUGGAAACUAAGCUGAAAUUGGGGGAUGACCUUUUACAGGGUGAUGUUAUAGGUCUGGAGCGGGGCGGGGGAAAGACCGAGGUGAUGGUGAUGGAAGGUGUGACUGCUGUUGCCUACACACUGGAUGAAGGCCUCAUCGAGUUUGGAACAGCCAUUGAUGAUGGCAAUUACACCCGGGCAACAGCUUUCUUAGAGACUCUGGAAAUGACCCCAGAAACAGAGGCAAUGUGGAAAACCUUGAGUAAACUGGCACUAGAGGCAAGGCAACUACACAUUGCGGAGAGGUGCUUUUCUGCUUUGGGCCAAGUAGCAAAAGCUCAAUUCCUGCAUGAGACCAAUGAGAUUGCAGAUCAAGUAUCCCGGGAAUAUGGUGGAGAAGGGACAGACUUUUAUCAGGUCUGAGCAUGUUUAGCAGUGCUGGAAAAGAACCACAAACUGGCUGAAAUGAUCUUUUUGGAACAAAAUGCUGUGGAGGAGGCCAUGGGCAUGUACCAGGAGCUACACCGUUCGGAUGAGUGUAUCGUUGUGGCUCAAGCCAAGGUAUCUAUUUUUUCUCACCCAGCCCUGGAGAAUCUAUGCUGGAGUUAUUACCAGUGGCUGGUGGACACACAGCAGGAGGAGCGAGCAGGUGAACUACAGGAGAGCCAAGGAGAUGGGCUAGCAGCCUUCAGCCUCUACCUCAAAGAUGGGCUCCCUGCCAAAGCUGCUCGGUUGGUGCUGUCCCGAGAGGAACUGCUAGCCAACACAGAGCUGGUAGAACACAUCACUGCAGCCCUUAUCAAGGGGGAACUCUACGAAAGGGCAGGUGAUCUCUUUGAGAAGAUUCACAAUCCACAGCAGGCCCUGGAGUGCUACCGUAAAGGGAAUGCGUUCAUGAAAGCGGUAGAGCUGGCUCGAUUGGCCUUCCCAGGGGAGGUGGUGAAACUAGAGGAGGCAUGGGGGGACCACCUGGUGCAGCAGAAGCAGCUUGAUGCAGCCAUUAAUCACUACAUCGAAGCCAGGUAUGGGAGUAUGGGAGUACAAUUUGAGGCCACCCUGGGUGCCCGCCAGUGGAAGAAGGCAAUUUAUAUAUUAGAUCUACAGGACCGGAACACCGCGUCCAAAUACUGUCCUCUCGUGGCCCAACAAUCUCUGCAGGAGUAUGAGAUUGCUGAGGAGCUCUAUACUAAGGGAGACUGGACAAAAGACGCCGUAGAUGUGAACACCCAGGCUGGCUAUUGGGAACAGGCCCACAAGCUGGCAAUGAAAUGCAUGAGACCAGAAGAUGUGUCAGUGCUGUACAUCACCCAGGCCCAGGAAAUGGGGAAGCAGGGCAAGUACCGUGAGGCUGAAAGGCUCUAUGUGACAGUAGAAGAGCCUAAUCUUGCCAUCACCAUGUACAAAAAGCACAAGCUGUAUGAUGACAUGAUCCGCCUGGUUGGGAAGCACCAUCCAGAUCUCAAUGACACACACCUACAUCUGGGCAAGGAGCUGGAGGCUGAAGGCCGACUACAGGAGGCCGAGUACCACUACCUCGAGGCCCAGGAAUGGAAGGCAACAGUGAACAUGUACCGAGCCAGUGGGCUUUGGGAAGAGGCCUAUGGGGUGGCCAGGACUCAAGGAGGGGCUAAUGCCCACAAACACGUGGCCUAUCUGUGGGCAAAGAGCCUGGGAGGAGAAGCUGCAGUUAGACUGCUUACCAAGCUGGGACUCCUGGAAGCUUCUGUUGACCAUGCUGCAGACAAUUGCAACUUUGAAUUUGCUUUUGAACUCUCUCGGCUGGCUGUCAACCACAACCCCGAGAUCCAACUCAAAUACGCUAUGUACCUGGAGGAUGAGGGUAAAUUGGAAGAGGCUGAAGCUGAAUUCAUCAGAGCUGGUAAACCCAAGGAAGCAGUCCUCAUGUUUGUCUAUAACCAGGACUGGGAGGCAGCUCAGCGUGUGGCCAAGGCCCAUGACCCUGACAGUGUCACUGAGGUGCUUGUGGGACAGGCUCAGAGGGCCUUGGAGGAGGAGGACUUUCAGAAAGUAGAAGGGCUUCUGCUCCGGGCCCAGAGAUCAGGCCUGACUUUCAGUUAUUAUAAGGAGGCUGGAUUAUGGAGUGACACGCUGCGGAUCUGCAAGGACUAUGAGCCCGGCCAGCUGGAGGCUCUGCAGGAAGAGUAUGAGCAGGAAGCUACUAAGAAGGGGGCCAGGGGUGUGGAGGGACUCGUGGAACAAGCUCAACACUGGGAGCAGGCUGGAGAGUACAGCCGUGCCAUGGACUGCUACCUCAAAGUGCGAGACUCUGGAAACAGCGGCCUAAUGGAGAAGUGCUGGAUGAAGGUGAGGGCAGCAGGCUCUUUCGGGCCCUCCUUCUUCCUAGGCCUCCAUUCACACUCAGCUUCCCUUCUCACAUCUACAGCUGUCUCUGUGUCUUUUCCUUUUCAAUCAGGUAGCAGGAAUCUGUGGAGCUCCUGCUGGAUGAUAGAGCCAGAACCUCUGAAGGCUGUUAAGCAGAUAUAAGACAGAGUCCUGACAGCGAAAAGUUAGGGGAGUUGGACUAACACAUGGCUCAGUUAAUAUCAUAUCUGAGUAAAGACCAAAUUG